AUGGAUUUGCCACAUCAAGGAUACCGAGCAAGUAAACAGCGGGGUCGCGGCCCCCCGGCGGCCGGCGAGUCGAUGCUUUUCGACGACACCAGCACCUCGGCGAUGAGCGCCCAGGGUAGUUAUUACACUCCGGGCUACAACGUGGCGGGACCCCCGACCGACGCGCGAGGCGGCGUCAACAACUUGUUCUCCGAUCCGAUGGCCAACGCCGCCGUCAUGUACGGAUCGUCGCUGGCCAACCAAGGCAAGGAUAUGGUCAACAAAGAGAUCAGCAGAUUCAUGUCUGUGAACAAGCUGAAAUAUUUCUUUGCUGUGGACACCAGAUAUGUGCUGAAGAAACUCAUGAUUCUCAUGUUCCCGUACGCGCACCAGGAUUGGGAGGUUCGCUACCACCGAGACACUCCGUUGACUCCGAGACAAGACGUGAACGCGCCCGAUCUUUACAUCCCAACCAUGGCUUUCAUUACCUACAUUUUACUGGCCGGGACGGCUCUGGGCAUUCAAAAAAGGUUCAGCCCGGAGGUGCUCGGACUCUGCGCCAGCACGGCUCUGGCGUGGGUGCUCAUCGAGGUGUUGGUCAUGCUGCUUACUUUAUACUUGCUGACGGUGCACAGCGACCUGUCCGCUUUUGACCUGGUGGCCUACAGCGGAUACAAAUACGUCGGGAUGAUCUUCAGCGUGCUUUGCGGAUUGCUGUUCGGGAGCGACGGCUACUUUGCGGCUCUCGCCUGGUCCUCUUGUGCCCUUAUGUUCUUCAUCGUCCGCUCCCUGAAAAUGAAGAUCCUGACGUCGCUGGCGUCCGACUCCAUUUCGACCGGAUCCGGCGCCAGACCCCAAGUGCGCAUGUACAUCACCGUGGCCGCCGCCAUCUUUCAACCGCUCAUCAUUUACUGGUUGACCUCUCACCUGGUCAGGUGA